GCGCGGAGUUUCAAAUCGGCCGGAGUGGGCGAGGAGCAGCUGUGCCGGGCGUCCGGUCGACGUUGGGGGCUGUUGGGUCUGGUGGACAGAAUAGACUCUUGGCCAGGCAGAUGGCCUCUCGGUGGCCAAGCGUGGGGGUCUCCUUGCGCCGAAGAUCUCUCCAGGACCAGGAGCAGCUGGAGGAGAGUGAGAUGCUGCAGCCUGCAGUCAGCCAUCCGGAGACCUCCAGUGGGGCCCUGGGCUCUCUGUGCAGACAGUUCCAAAGGAGGCUGCCUCUGAGAGCAGUCAGCCUCAACCUGGGGGUGGGCCCCUCCUGGAAACGCCUGGAAGCCCCAGAGCCAGGGCAGCAGGGUCUCCAGGCUGCGGCCCGCUCAGCUAAGAACGCCUUGGGUGCCGUGUCCCAGAGAAUCCAGGAGUCCUGCCAAAGUGGUACCAAGUGGCUGGUGGAAACCCAGGUGAAAGCCAGGAGGAGGAAGAGAGGGACACAGAAGGGCAGUAGCCCCCCAGCUCGCAGCCUGAGCCAGAGGAGCACCCGGCUGUCUGGAGCUGCCCCUGCCCACUCAACCCUGGACCCCUGGGAGAGGGAGCAUCACGGCCUCUCCGCCCAGAUAGGCCCACGUGGCCACCCCCUGCGACGGGCCAGGAGGGAGGCUGCCUUCCGGAGCCCCUACUCCUCGACAGAGCCCCUCUGCUCCCCCAGUGAGUCUGACAGUGAUCUAGAGCCUGUGGGGGCAGGAAUUCAGCGUCUCCAGAAGCUGUCCCAAGAGCUGGAUGAGGCCAUCGUCACUGAAGAGAGUGGCGACAUGACCCUUUCUCUCAUUCGUGACUGAGGACAGCGCCCUUCAGGUAAUGCUCCCUCCCACGCAUCUCUCUCAGUGUCUUCCUCCUCCUCCUCCUCCUCCUCCUCCUCCUCCUCCUCCUCCUCCUCCUCAGGCAUAAGCACAUAUGCAUAUCUGGAGGCAAGUUAAAGAACUGAGUCUUUUCUGGAAAAACCCACAGAGUUGAUGGGCCCAGCAGAGUAGGAAGGGUGCUAGUCUUCCUACCUGCUCGGAGCCAGACUGCUGACCCCACCGACCCCAUCACUAACUGAGCACUCCGGAGCCCCAAGUAGCUAGUGCCACCUUCCAGCUCCUCAUUUUGGGGGGAAGGAAGGCUAAGGUGUCCCCACUUCCCCUGCCUUGAGGGGCAUGAAGGGAGCUCUGUCUUGCAGGAAACAAGCCAUAUCUGGCCACCAUGCCCUCACACCUAGGCUCCGUGCCUCCCCGUGAGUUCCCAGAGGAAGCCCCCAGGAGUCAGCAGCGCCCCUGGGGCACUGUUAGCAAAGACCUGACUGACAAGGGCCCAGAGGGAAGCUGCUCCGGGGCCUCUGCUCUCCUGCUCCGGCCAUAUCGAGGCCCACCAUGACCUCCUACCACAGCCAAAGAGUGACUCGGGGAGACCUCAGCGGGCGGGAGUUGUUCAUGCCACUACCCUCUUGGACUAGAAACUCAUCCCACGCUUGCGCCUUGCGGUUGCUCGUUUGCAACGUGAAGUGCAGGCACCAGAAGAUAUUUGAAAUCUGCAAGCUGUGUACCCAGGAGUGGGGUCUGUGGGGAAUCAUCCCGUGUCGCCAGUGCCGAGGCUCUCAGUACCCACCUCCCGCCCCUGCUCCCCCCAUCGGAGCUCCGUGAGAGGGGACAGCAGAGAUUCCCAGGCUCCAAGACCCUGUGCCCACGGGUACCUAUUGAUGUUCUCAGCGCGGGGCACUGUGGGUGUGCAGGGAGGGGUGGCACUGUUCACAAGCAAUUUCUGCCCUUUGUAAAUUAUUUAAGAAAUCUGCUUUGUCAUUUUAUUAGAAAGAAACCGGUGUGUGACUUUCCUAGAUAAUGCUGCUUUUUCUUAAUAAAGACUCUCUUUGCAUA